AUGUCAACAUUAGAAUCAUCUACACUUGAAAGUGGUUCAACACUGGAAACAACAUUAUCCACAACACGUACCUCUCCAUCUUCACCAUCUACUACAACAGAAGGACAAAGUACAUCAGAAUUCACUUCAUCAACAACAGAAAUACCUACAUCCAGUGCAGAGCAAAACACAAGCCAGCAGACACAAGCCACUCAAUUUAGUUCUACCACAGAAGCAGAACCUACAAGGACAGCUCAACAUCUACAAUUGAACCAGUUUAGUUCUACCACAGAAGCAGAUCCUACAAGGACAGCUCAAUCAACAUCUACAACAAUUUUGACCCCUUCGAGCAUGUCGACAUUAGAAUCAUCUACAAUUGACAGUGUUACAACAGAAGAAACUACAUUAUCCACAAUAGGUACCUCUCCAUUUUCACCAUCUACUACGACACAGCAAAGUAUCUCUCCAUUUUCACCAUCUACUACGACACAGCAAAGUACAUCAGAAUUCACUUCAACUACAGAAAUACCUACUUCCAGUGUAGAGCAAACAACAUGCCAACAGGCACAAACCACUCAGUUUAGCUCUACCACAGCAACAGAACCUACAAGGACAGCUCAAUCAGCAUUUACAACAGUUAUGAUCCCUACGACCAUGUCAACAUUAGAAUCAUCUACACUUGAAAGUGAAUCAUCUACAAUUGAAAGUGUUACAACAGAGGAAACUACAUUGUCCACAAUAGGUACCUCUCCAUUUUCACCAUCUACGACACAACAAAGUACAUCAGAAUUAAUUUCAUCAACAACAGAAAUACCCACAUCCAGUGUAGAGCAAACAACAAGCCAGCAGGCACAAACCACUCAAUUUACUUCUUCCACAGAAACAGAACCUACAACAGCUCAAUCAACAUUUACAACAGUUAUAACCCCUACGAGCAUGUCAACAUUAGAAUCGUCUACACUUGAAACUAUAAUAUCGAGAACCCAAACAUUUAGCAUUUCUACAUCAUCCCAGUCGAGCCCUUCUGCUCAAACUAGUACCCAGAAAUCUUCAUCAACAGAACCUCAUUCAUCUGCAACAACUCUCAACUCAGUUUCAACAACUCAAAACUGUCUGGAGAAUUGUCAGUGUAAUGGGUCCCCAUGCAUCUUCAAUGUAACAUCUGGGAAAUGUCAGUCUGAAAGCACACCCACAAGGAAUGCAAGCAUCUCUCUCAGAAUUAUGAUGGACUAUCUUACAGAGUAUGAAAAUAUGGACUCACCAGAUUCAAAAAAACUAAUUUCCACCUUAAAACAUGAGCUUUCAAUCCUUUGUAAAAGAGCAGACGCACAAAAUUUCAAAGAUGUGCACAUACGUAGGCUAAUGCGAGGAAGUGUCCUUGCUGAAAGUAUUGCAGUAUAUAACUAUCCCAGCAACAACUCGCAAAUAAUGUUUCUAAAUAACGAUUUGGGACCCACCCUGGAAAAAAUCUUUUAUGACUCCGAUUCAUUUAAAAAGCCAAGAGGCGAGGAAGUGUCCUUGCUGAAAAAAUCUUCGGCUGUUCUCUUCGGCUGUUUAGCAGCUUUUGCUCUACUUAUUGUCUUGGCUGUGAUGAUUGUGGUGCUCUACAGAGCCAAGAGCAGAACAUCAAGCAAAAGGAGGUUUUCACUUUUUGACGAUGACUUCUUUGAUUUUACAUCAAGAGGAUCCAUAGACAGAGGUUAUGGGCAUCAAAAUUUUUCAGUCACAGAAGAUUCAGCACCUGGGUCUUUCAGCUCAUACCAUGAAAAUACACCUAUAAAGACCAGAGCAACUGAAGUGGUGGAUGUCUGA